GCUAUCAAUUGCAUUAAUGUUACAAUAGUAUAGUAAUGUUUGAUCCAUUUGAUGAUAAGGCGUGCGCACACCGGUAUAUAUUAAAAGGACCAGAUUUUCAAUGGGGACAGGGCAUAUGCUACUCAUUAUCACAAUAUUUAGACUUCCGACGGGCCUGGGAGCCAUGUUAUAAUCGUCCAGUCAAUAAAGCACAUGAACAAUUUGGCUAUUGUCAGGCGGGAACUAGCGGUGAGAUUACUGAUGACUAUGAUAUUGUUAUUGGAUCUCCCGGUCCAUACACUUGGCGCGGAACUAUCUUUUCAAACUCCGUCAGAUAUCGUAUUCGUGAUGAUAAAACUUGGUAUUUGGGACCAGUACUGGAAAAUGAAUCUCCAGUUGAUAAAUAUAGUUAUUUAGGGAUGAGUGUAGCAUCUGGUAAAUUUUUUGACAAUCAUACCAGUUAUGCAGGCGGUGCUCCCAGAGCUAAUGGCACCGGGCAGGUUGUCUUCUUUUCUAAACAUAAGGGAGAGUCUACUUUUGACGUCAACUUUAUGUUAAGUGGAGAACAGUUUGCUUCCUCUUAUGGCUAUUCAAUGACUUCUCUUGAUUGUAACGGAGACGGGCGUAUUGAUCUAGUAGUGGGCGCACCCUUUUAUUAUAGUCGAAGUGAAGGCGGAGCCGUUUAUGUAUACGUUAAUAGUGAGGAUAAAAAACUAACGAAAGCCACUCGACUUACCGGUAAACCCGAGUCCAGGUUUGGGUUUGCUCUCGCAAAUGCCGGUGACAUCAAUAAGGACGGAAACCACGAUUUAGCAAUAGGAGCGCCGUAUGAGGAUAAUGGUGUUGUGUAUAUCCAUUUGGGCACUUCUACCGGUGUUAAGGAAACGCCUUCUCAGGUUAUCAGAGCUUCUGAAUUACCGACAGAUAUGCAAAAUAUUAAGACAUUUGGAUAUUCAUUAUCGGGAGCUCAAGAUUUAGAUCAAAACGGUUAUCCCGAUUUACUGGUCGGUGCCUACGAAAGUGAUGCCGUUUUGUUGUUUAGGGCGAGACCUAUAAUAAAUAUUCAAACGUCAGUGACGGGUGAAUUGAGUCAAAUAGAUCCAAACAAAGAGGGAUGUAGGGAUGAUCUCUAUUCAAAAUUAGUUUGCUUUUCAUUCAAUGCCUGUUUUAAGUUUAACACAACUUUAAGAUCUGCUGCCACUGGCGUCUUAAGGUUGCACUAUAAGAUUGAAGCGGAAACUUAUACAGGAAAAAAGUAUUACAGAGUUAAAUUUGGAUCCACUGCCGAUUCAGACACACCUAAUAUAGUUGAACGCGAUAUAACCAUACGCGGUGUGAGUGACUUACAGUCAGAGCACUGUUCAAAGGAAAUUGUUUAUCUCAAAGACAAAUCCGAUAUUCAAAACCCUGUGAUGUUUGAGUUGACGUAUUCGUUGAUUCAAAAAGAGCCCCGAAUGCCAACCGAUGGCGAAACACUUCCAGACAUUAAUAAACUGCCGAUUCUUAACCGUGAAGAAGCGCACCGUGUUUUUGAGGCCCGAUUUCUCAAAGAAUGCGGAUCCGACGAAAUAUGUGAAAGUGAUUUAAGACUUGAAGCAGAUCUAAGUGCCCGUAAAAAGGAUACAAAUACCUAUAUGUUAUAUUUAGGUGAAGAACAUUUGACAUUAAACGUUCGUGUCUUAAACAAAGGUGAACCAGCCUAUGAUGCCGGUGUGUUUGUCACACAUCCUUCAAGUUUAAGUUAUGUCGGCCGAAAAAUUAUUAAAGGAGAUCAACUGGACUGUAGUCCAGUCAAUAAAACAACACUAAAAUGUGAUUUAGGAAAUCCAUUUAAUCCGUCAAAAGUAGAAUUUCAACUCAGAUUUAAUCCAAUGGGUCUUUCAGAUGCAGAAACUAGUCUUCAAAUGCAAAUACUUACGACAACAACUAGUUCUGAUAAAUCAAUCACUGACGAUGUCGUGACAUUAGUUGCAGAAGUUAUUCGUAAUGCAGAACUUGAAUUAAGCGGUAACUCUGAAGAACAGGCUGUCAGAUAUGGCGGUGAAAUUAAAGGAGAAGCAGCUAUUAAAUAUGAGGAUGAAAUUGGAAGUCGAGUUUUCCAUAAAUAUAUUGUCCGAAAUGCCGGUCCCUGGAAGGCAUCCCGUAUUGAUGUCAACAUUUCAUGGCCUUAUCAGGUCGAGAAUGGCAGAGAACAUGGAAAAUGGUUAUUAUAUUUAACAGGAGUUCCUCAAGUUACCGGUCAGGGAGGUAAAGGUUAUUGUUUAAUGGGUGCCGAUCAGGUCAAUCCACUUGACUUUGCUAUUAACCAAGAAUUUAAUUCAUUGGCCGAUAAUAAUAACAAUAACAAUAUGCCUAAAAUGCCUGAAACUAAAGGAUCAAAGAGUCGACGUAAGCGUGAAAUGGUUGUCCUUCCGCGUGAAGUGCGGGCAUCGGAUGGAAGCGUACAGAAUGUGGUGACAAUGAGCUGUAGUUCCGGCGCCCGUUGUUUUAACUUCACGUGUGUUAUACUAGAUUUAGCCGCCAAUCAAACAGCUGUCAUAAGAAUCGCUUCUCGUUUAUGGAACGCCACUCUUGUCGAAGACUAUGCUUAUGGAGUCAAUUAUGUAGUCAUCAAAUCCAAUGCAGAGAUCCGAUUGGAUCCGACACUUAAUAUUCAACAGAAACGACACAACGAUUUCUUUUCAGUCGAGACCAAAGCUAUACCUGACGUGACCUUACUUUUGCCCCGAGAGGUGAGCUGGUGGUGGCUUAUCAUAGCUGUACUCCUGGGCCUCAUUUUAUUAGCAUUACUCAUAUUCAUCCUAUGGAAGGUUGGAUUUUUCAGGAGACAAAAACACGAAUAUAUGGCCACAGCUACAGAUGAUAAAGAUUUAGUGACUUAACCUCUUAAAUGUAUUCAUCCAAUCAUUAAUAUAUUAUAUAUAUUUAAAAUAUAAACAAAUAGACAGCUAAUAAACAUUUCAUUUGUUAAACAUU